AGAGAGCCGCACAAGCAGCUAGAGACAAGGGUCUCCGUGAAGAAGUUCUCCGGAGAUUUGCAGAUUUUGAGGGAGACAAAAUUCCCAAGUCCUUAGGAAAUGCAGGUCCUUGUUUACUAGACAAACAUUUCUUUUCCCAAAUUUACUUGCUACGAAGCUAUGGGAGGUGGUAAUGCCAUCGAAAUGAACAGAGUAAGGGUGACUGAAGUGUGUGUGUUGAGUGUGUGUGUGUGUGUGUGUGUGUGUUUAAAGUACACACCUACUUGAAUUUUUUUUAUCUUUUCUUUGAGAUCCAACUGUUUAUCAGCUCUUGUCCUUUAAUGUGUCCUUUAUAAUUUUUUUUCUUUCCCCAAUCCACAAGGAUAAUACGAAAAGGUCAUAGACACCAGUGCUCCAAGACAGACUAAAAUGUUAAACGAGCCCGCAUUUUUAAGAACCUAAGACCCGCACUCUCUACAUAAUAAUUUAGAGGGUGACCCAGGGCUGCUCGGCUUUCCAACCUUCAGGCUUCCCGUGUCUGUUCCCAUUUCCUAUAAGCACACCGUGAACAUGGCUCUAUUUAAGAAGUUGGCAGAAAUAAAGCGGAUGUGCAUUGGGGAAAGAUUUUUUUUAAAGUCUCCCUCUAGUUUGCUGUGUAGGAGGCGGAGUUUAAUCGGUUAAAACAUUGGUCUGACUAGCGGAUCGGAGUGGAUAUACGAAGUGAGUUGUGAGAAUGUAAAGAUGCCUGUCUAAAAGGAUAGGAGGGCGGGGACCUAGAGGAAGGAGGCACUCUGGGCUGGGGAAGUGUUGGGUGGUGGUGGGGGUUAGCGUGGGAGGAAGGGAGACUCGCUGUCUGAGCCAAACAUAGAGGAAUAAAGAAAGAGAGGUGAGAAAGGAAAGGGGAAAGGAGGGGAAAGGAAGAAGGAGGCUGAAAAAAAGAAAAAGCCGAGACUGGCCAAGUCCAGAGAGAGAGGGAGAGAAGGAACUAGGAGAUGAGGGUCACACAGUGACCUGGGAGCUUGGGGUUUCUGGAAUGCGAGACUUCUGAGAUUCAAGACUGAUUGCUAGUCGGCAGAGUCCGGCUCCCGCAGCUAGCUGGGACGCGACCAAGUGAAAUGGGCAGCGUGAGACAGAUGUUCCAGCCACCUCUCCAUCACUCAGAGAUUUGGAAGCUGCUCCCAGGCCAACUACAAUUUCCUAGCUGGAGCCUCUGAGUGCUCGGGACCCGCGGGAGCCAAGCAAGAGAGCGCGCCUGGAAGCUGCUCCUCUCAGAUGCCUUCUCCAGAGCAGUAAGAACUUCCCGCUCCAGUCCCUGGAUCCCCUCCCUCUGAAAUUCCCCAGCAAAGAAGGAAGACCCUAGGGGGAGGGGCGAGGGAGAUCCCCUUGCUGCUCUUUCCCCCUCCCUUCCCCCACCCCACCGGGCGCGCAGGCAGGCAUGGAUAUGUUCAGUCUUGGCCAGGGCAACAACACCACAUCGUUCCAGGAGCCCUUCGGGACAGGCGGCAACGUUACUGGCAUCUCCGACGUGACCUUCAGCUACCAAGUGAUCACCUCUUUGCUUCUGGGCACGCUCAUUUUCUGCGCGGUGCUCGGCAAUGCCUGCGUGGUGGCUGCCAUCGCCCUGGAGCGCUCCCUCCAGAAUGUGGCCAACUAUCUCAUCGGCUCCUUGGCGGUCACCGACCUCAUGGUGUCAGUGCUGGUGCUGCCCAUGGCUGCUCUGUACCAGGUGCUCAACAAGUGGACUCUGGGGCAGGUCACCUGCGACCUGUUUAUCGCCCUGGAUGUGCUGUGCUGCACCUCGUCCAUCCUGCACCUGUGCGCCAUCGCGCUAGACAGGUACUGGGCGAUCACCGACCCUAUAGACUACGUGAACAAGAGGACGCCCCGGCGCGCCGCUGCGCUGAUCUCGCUCACUUGGCUCAUUGGCUUUCUCAUCUCCAUCCCGCCCAUGCUGGGCUGGCGCACCCCGGAAGACCGCUCGGACCCCGACGCGUGCACCAUCAGCAAGGACCAUGGCUACACCAUCUACUCCACUUUCGGCGCUUUCUAUAUCCCUCUGCUGCUCAUGCUGGUUCUCUAUGGGCGCAUCUUCCGAGCCGCGCGCUUCCGAAUCCGCAAAACUGUUAAGAAGGUGGAAAAGAAGGGAGCGGGCACCAGCCUCGGCACGUCGUCGGCCCCGCCCCCCAAGAAGAGCCUGAACGGACAGCCAGGUAGUGGGUACUGGAGGCGCAGCGCUGAGAACAGGGCUGUGGGGGCUUCGUGCGCUAAUGGCGCGGUGAGGCAGGGUGACGAGGAUGCCACCCUGGAGGUGAUCGAGGUGCACCGGGUGGGUAACUCCAAAGAGCACCUGCCACUGCCCAGUGAGUCGGGGGCUACCUCCUAUGCCUCCGCCUGCUUGGAGAGAAAAAACGAGCGGAAUGCUGAGGCAAAGCGCAAGAUGGCCCUGGCCCGUGAGAGGAAGACAGUGAAGACGCUGGGCAUCAUCAUGGGCACUUUCAUCCUCUGCUGGCUGCCCUUUUUCAUUGUGGCUCUGGUCUUGCCUUUCUGUGAGAGCAGUUGCCACAUGCCUGCGUUGUUGGGUGCCAUAAUCAACUGGCUGGGCUACUCCAAUUCCUUGCUCAACCCAGUUAUUUAUGCUUAUUUCAACAAGGACUUUCAAAACGCGUUUAAGAAGAUCAUCAAAUGCAAGUUCUGCCGCCGAUGAUGAUGAUGACGACGACGAUGAUGAUGGUGUUGGUGGAGAAGGAGGAAGAGGGGCAGGACUGUAGGCAUUACAGGACCCUCCCCAUCCACUCAGCAUCCCAGCCCUGGAAGCAACACCUAAGAUAACUUGCUUUUCCUGUGACAUGCAGCUUCACGGCCCAUGCUUUCAGAUCUUGCUCUCUCUAUCCCAUUUCAAGGGGACAGUACACUUAGCAGAAACCCUAGAAACCGCCUAGAGUCUGUGGGAAAAGUUAUUGGCUCGGUCUUUGGCCCUAGGAUCGGUUUUAAUAGUUGCAAUAACCUCUUCUUUUCGAAAUUGAACCUCAGUGGUUCAAGGCAGAACAUCUAAACAGCAAAUAUAAACUGCACUGCACAGACAUCUCCCACAAGAACUGCUACCCCUCUGCCCUGCUUCUGGAACUUUGAAGUUCAAGACUUUGCGUUGUCUGCCCCUACUCCUUGCUUUAGAAACAUCUACUCCCCUCCGGGUGUCCACCCUCUUGGUUGAGUCUGGUUCCUAUGCACUCACUGCUUCUCUGAAAAAGCAGUUGGGACUACUUUGGCCUAUGGUGCCCGGGGAAUGCCUGCCUUGCUGCGUAGCAAAUACCCCCCUCCCCGCCCUCGUGCAUAGAGCCCACUUUCUGCGUUUUCUUGAACUCAAAAUCAAGUGGCAAAGGUGUCUGUUGGAGUCGACUUUUAAGCACAAGGUCUGGCCAGUGGGGAAGAGCCAGGAAGGCUUCUGGAUGGUUUCUCUUUUUGGUGUCAGCCGCUCACCAAAGAAACUGACCGUCAGACUAUUUGGAAGGCUGACUUUUAUUUGUAUACUUUGCUGGCGUUUCUGUAAGUUCUGGCAGGGCCACAUGUCUACUGCAGGAGGCGCCCACUGCUGCCUAGGGAGGGCGAACUGGGGACGCUGAGAUGCCAUCCUGCCAGGGAUGGCGCGCCCCACUUUCCCCUUGGUUUCUGACGGGGAGCUCUGUUAGAGCGCUCCGGGUUUGCAGCAUCCAGGUUCCUCUGCCUCACCUCGCCUACAGAGUCCAGGAGCUGGUAGAGAAGUUAGAGUUCUUUCAAGAGGGAGGAGGUCUUGCACCAAUAGCCAGAGACAUAGAAACCUCUCAAGAGCGUGGGUGUGGGGCACAUAAAGACAGGCAGAGAGCAAAAAGGCUCCUAAGUGCUUCCAACUCCCGCAGCCGCGUGUCCUGAGAAACCCGAAAAGGCAAUUUUAACCAUAGGAUGCAAUUUUUUUUUUCAAUCCAUCCCUUGCCCCUUUCGAUGGCAGAAUAGCUUUGUUUAGCGUAUCCCAAUAAUGCCUAGAUUCAUUCUCCCAGACAUCCCGGGGCGCGCACAAAAUUAUCAGAAUCCUGGGCUCACAUUUGAAGGGCGUCGACAUCUCGCGAUUGCCUAGUAGUUUGAUCUCAGAAAUGAUACCUAAAGAAGUGGAGACCUCAGAGGAGGACCGGUUAGAGGGCGCUCCUCGUGGAGUCUCAGAAUCUAGAGGAUUAAUUUUUCCCUGGCUCUUCUACUCCAGAGUUCUGCGGGGGGAAAACUGGUUUUGUGUCCUUUCAAUGUGCAAAGCGUUUUUUUUGCUUAGGCAUUCUCUCCCUGCCGUUAUUUUUGCUGCCCCUUACCCCAAAGGAAAAUUAUUUUGGUGCUUAGUUUGAAUGUACAUUCCCAGCUAAGUGAGCGGGAAUCUAGAGGUUUGUGUUACAACGUCUGAACUUCGAAUUUUCUGUUGAGUAAUGGUUUCAUUUUCCAGUAAUUACAGAGUUUUCUCACUAUCCACCCCCCCCUUUCAGUUGUAUCUUUCUGAUGUCUGCACCUGCUGUUUUGAAAACCCUGUUGCAUGUUUUCAUUGCCAAAGAUGUCAGUGAGAUGUCCCCCUUGUGUUUAUAAAUAGGGUGAAAGGACAGAGGGGUCACAUGAAGCCGUGGUUUUGUUGGUCAAACUGAACGAAGCUUCUAUUUGGUGUCUUUUGCUCUGUUCUAAAAUCGGAGUGAGUAUCCCAUUGUAAAAGAGCCAUUUCAGACCUUAAGCCUGCUGGAUUCUGCAUGUGAGAGGCUCAUGGGGGGCUCUGUGAAGACAAGUCACAAGGGGCUUCUCUAGCACAAAACAGUGCUUGUUUGCAAAUUAAAACUUUUUUUUUGCUCACCAAAAUUGAGUAGAACUAUAUGACUAAACAAUUUUUUCCUGUAUAGUUCACUAUUUGUAGAACAGAUUCUUUAUUUGAAGCAAAUUAACCCCCAAAUUUCAGAUGUUAUAGCAGAAACCAAGACUUUUAACUUCUAGUUAUUUGUAUUUUUUUUUAUUUUUUCCCCAUAGGAAUGUUUAGCUAUGAUGGGGUGGGGCGGCAUUGGCUCCUGCUAUUUUGAGGAAGAGACUUUAAACAAGACUGGAAAGGGGGCACCCACUUGGAAUAUAAUUUCCAAUUAAUAGAGAAAUAAGUGCAGCAUGCUGCACAGCUUUAAAGAACCACAGAUGCUUGUUUUAUUUUAGAAUACUUGUACUAAGGUAAAAUAUUCAUGCGUACAAACUGGCCCUCAAUUUUCCUUGUGACAAUAAAGGACUUUAAGAAUGGCAAUGCUGUAAUAAA